CAAAGAGUUGCUAGUACUGAGAAAGUGCGCAAGAUCCCACUGCCUCAAGUUCAGCCCGCUCGUCGACGCUUUGACACUACGCCUCCAAUCUUCAGUUUUUUGACUCUUAAGGAAACAUCAAGCCCUUCAAGAUGAAGCUGUGGUUUGUUGCUGCCAUACUUAUCUCCGUUGCGUUUCCAUCCGUUUUGAGUUUGAAGUGCAUGGCCUGCGGCAGUACCGAGUCCUGGGAUAAAUGCAAAGGAGUAAGUAUCACCUGCCCGGCUAUGGCGUCCGAUCAAUGUGUGAAACUCUACUUUAAAACCCCUAAAGCCGAAUCGUUCAUUAAAUCGUGCGGAACCGAUGCUUACUGUGAUGAAAAAACCAACCCUACUUGUAAAGAAGCCACUGGAUCCUAUGAGUGUGACAUCUACUGCUGCAAAGGCGACAACUGCAAUAGUGGCACAGAAACUCGCAUCAGCGGUAUUCUCUUGGUAUCAUGCGCCCUGGCCUCUCUGAUGAUCUUUUACAAGGCCUGAGACUAGACUGAGGUUGAUGUUCAGCACGGCUCAUGACCAAGACUGCAACUAGUUAUAAGCUUUUUUUGAAGGAUGUCAGUUGUGAAUUAAGAUAGAACGUCUUGCUUAAGACAUAGUAGUCGUCUGUAGGACGAUCUUCGUGAAAAGGAGAUGAAGUCAGGCCGAUUUAUACCUACAAGAGAGGAUGCUGGUCCAUCGUAGUCUGCACGUAUUGUGCUUAUUAGUUAAAGUCAAGUAGAGGCUUUUUUAAAUAUUGUUAAAUGAUGCAGUUCUGGGAAAUAAAACGUUGUUUCUAACUA